AUGUCGGGGCUGCGCGCGCUGCUGGGGCUCGGGCUGCUGGUGGCGGGCUCGCGCCUGCCGCGGGGCACAAGCCGGCCGGGCGUCUGCCGAGCAGCGGCAGCGGCGUGGUGGGGCGGCCUUCGCCCGAGCUCGGGGGGCAGCAUGGCCGGCCCGGGAGUCAAGUACCUGAGCCAGGAGGAGGCGCAGGCCGUGGACGCGGAGCUGUUCGACGAGUAUCAGUUCAGCGUGGACCAACUCAUGGAGCUGGCCGGGCUGAGCUGUGCCACAGCCAUCGCCAAGGUGUACCCCCCCACGUCCAUGUCCAAGAGCCCCCCUGCAGUCCUGGUCGUCUGCGGCCCCGGGAAUAACGGAGGAGAUGGCCUGGUGUGUGCCCGACACCUCAAACUCUUUGGCUACCAGCCAACCGUCUAUUACCCCAAACGACCCAACAAACCACUCUUCACCCGGCUGGUGACUCAGUGUCAGAAAAUGGACAUCCCCUUCCUUGAAGAAAUGCCCCCAGAGCCCGUGAUUGACGGACUGUACGAGCUGGUGGUGGACGCCAUCUUCGGCUUCAGCUUUAAGGGCGAUGUUCGGGAGCCAUUCCACAGCAUCCUGAGUGUCCUGGGUGAACUCACUGUGCCCAUUGCCAGCAUCGACAUUCCCUCAGGAUGGGAUGUGGAGAAGGGAAGCUCUGGGGGGAUCCAGCCAGACUUGCUCAUCUCACUGACAGCACCCAAAAAGUCUGCCACUCAGUUUACCGGUCGCUACCAUUACUUGGGAGGUCGUUUUGUACCACGAGCUCUGGAAGAGAAGUACAAACUGAACUUGCCAUCCUACCCUGACACCGAGUGUGUCUACCGUCUGCACUGAGGGAGGCAGGUGGGCAAGUUUCAAUAAAGACUUGGUACUUUCUCUCCCCAA